AUGGAGACUUGGCUUGGUCCUAAGGGCUACAUAAUCGGAUAUCUUACUAGUGGUGGCCGCGAUUUCAAUACAUCUCUAUCGCACUAUCGGCCGAGGCCAGUUACGUCUGUCGAGAAGAUACCAGUGCGAGAUUCUGAAAGGCCACUCGAGCAAGAGUAUUUGACUAACCAGAGAAUUCGACAAGUCAUCUCGCUCAUUGAGCCGGGAAGCCUGGCAAGAUGGCCUCUCAUAAUAUUAGGACCUCGCGAUGACUGGUGCAGCGUCAACAAGAACGUAGUUCUCAUGGAGAUGCAGCGCACGGUUUGGUCAACCGCAUGGCUUAAGGCGCAGCAACGACCAUGGAAGACGGCGCAUUCCUUGGCGCUGUAA